UCACAUGACCAAGAAGGCCUACUCUUUAGAAAACUUUUACUUGUUUACUUUGACCAAAACGAGAGAAACUUUGUUUCAAACAAAAACUGGAAACAAAAAAAUCACAAAUACAUUUGUUUUGAAGGAGUUGGGAGUAGCGCGGAGGAGCGGUAACAGUGACAGAGGACAGCUGGAUGAACUAAGAACUUCUUAAUCAGAAAAUAAUAGUUUUAUAGCCUUAUUUUGAAGUGCGGUGUCUUUUUUUUAUGUGAAGGAAGGACAUACGUCAGAUGUCACGGCUAGACCAAGGAAGAACAUCCUUCAAAUAAAUAAAAUCUAUAUUUUCGGAAAACGACGUUCGUUAGUUUUUUUAAACACGUACGUUAAUUUUUACAUUUAACAUUUUAAAAUCGGGUUGAAACUCAAUCAUUUCAAAGCUAGUCUAGCUACUUCCUGAAUUACUGCUCUGCAAAACACAAGGAAGUGAAACAGAUGCGGCCGCAUUAAUAACUCCGUUUUCGUUUAAAUAAAUUCAUAUUAAAACAACCGAGAAAGAAGCCGUUAAUGACAUCUCUUUUAAUAAGGCCGCUCUUCAAAAAAAAAAAAAACGUAUGAAGGUAGAAUUUAGUAUUAAUAACUGAAUAUUUUACAGCAUUUGAACGGCUUAGGACGGAAAAAAAAUGUUUGUACUUGUAAAAGGGAUUAUUUGAGUGUUCGCUUUUUCUAAAGAAACACAGUUAAUAAAUAUGAAACAUAACGUCGGGGUCGCUGGUUUGUAUUGUCAUUAAGUCUUACAGCACAUAGAAAUACAUCGUUGUGUUGCUUGGAAACUGUCGUUGUUUUGGUAAAUAACCUCUCGAAGAAGAUGGAUAGGCGAUUUGCGGGAGCCCUGUGGUGGGCGCUGGUGUUUUGCACAGGCUGCUGCUGGUCAGCAGAUUUUGAGCAGAUUCCCGGUAUAGGUCCUUGCUGGGGAACCCCCAGAGUCCUCUCCUCUCAUCAGGGAGAGGUCCAGAGCCCUGCCCGCCUCACAUGGUUUCCGCGGCAACUCAACUGCACCUGGCUGAUCCGCGCUCCAAUAGGACAUGUCGUUACUGUAAGCUUCUCUCAGUUCUCCCUGCCCUGCUCCCUCGGGUGGGUUUCCGUGGCAACCUUGCUGGAGACGAAGCUGCCCCUGUGUGGCUCCCAGUUUCCCGAGCCGGUCGAGCUCCUGGGGGGAAACGUUUCCAUAACGUACCACAUCAUUCCAUCCUCAAAUGCUGCCCCCCAAACCGGCUUCCAUCUUUCCUACAUCCAAGGUUUUGUGGACUCAGACGCCUGCCCUCCGGACGAGUUUCUCUGCGGGAGCCGCAAGUGCGUUCCCUCCUCCUGGCGCUGCAACGGGCAGGACGAGUGCGGUGACAGCUCUGACGAGACCGGCUGCCCCUCCAUCCAAAGCUACCAGAAUGGCGGCGCCACCCUCCUCUGCCCCCCUCUAACCCGGCCCUGCCCUGGCUACCCCCAGACGGGGCGCCCGCCUCUCUGCCUUCGCCCCUCCCAGUUCUGUGACAGGAUCCUGGAUUGCCCCGGGGGCGCUGACGAGCGCUCCUGUGCCCCUGUCAAAGAGGGGCCCUGUGGGGGUAAGCUCACUGGCUUUUAUGGAACCUUCUCCUCACCCCAGUUUGGGAUGCAGCCCUCAUACUGGCCUGUCCUGGAAUCGGGGAAGGGGGGCAGGCAGUGCGAGUGGGAAGUGGACCCAGGGGACCCCCGAAAACUCAUCCUGAAGCUGGUGUCGGUGGAGCUGGGGUACAGGGAUGCCAUCCACAUCUACGAUGGGCUAAAGGGGGAGGAGAGACAGCUGCUCAGCACGGUGAACUACCUCAACAACAGCAAGCUUGUGACCGUGGAGUCCAGCACGGGCCGGCUCUCCCUCUCCUAUCUUCAGCCCUCCUCCUCCCAGCCCUCUGGGCGUGGCUUCAACGCUACCUACCAGGUGUGGGGGUACUGCCUGCCCUGGGAGACUCCCUGCGGGGAGGGGCACCGCUGCUUCUCCCCCCAGGAGAGGUGUGACGGGGUGUGGCAGUGCGCAGAGACCGGGAGGGAUGAGGAGGGCUGCUAUGGCUGCCAGAAAGGGACCUUUCCCUGUGGAGCAGGAGAGGGGGGCGGGGGGCAGUCCGGGCGCUGCUUCAAGGCAUCGGACCGGUGUAACUAUCAGCAGUACUGCAGCGACGAGACUGACGAGAGGAACUGUCUGAGCUGCCAGCCCGGCACCUUCCACUGUGACAAGGACAGGUGUGUGUUUGAGACAUGGCUGUGUGAUGGGCAGCCGGACUGCAAGGACAACACUGACGAGAUGAACUGUCCUUUCAUCCUGCCGCGCAAGGUCAUCACCGCGGCAACCGUGGGCAGCCUCAUCUGCGGCCUGCUAUUGGUCAUCGCCAUGGGCUGCACCUGCAAGCUGUACUCCCUGCGCAGCCACGAGUCCAGUUUCUUCUCUCCCGUCUCUCGCAUGGAGGCGGAGUUUAUCCAGCAACAGGCCCCGCCCUCUUAUGGUCAGCUGAUCGCCCAGGGGGCUAUUCCACCAGUUGAUGAUUUCCCGACAGAGAACCCCAAUGAUACCUCGAUGAUGAGCAACCUCCGAGGAAUCCUGCAGCUGCUCCGGCAGGAGCGCCCUCAGGGGAGGAGACGGCGACGCCCCAGAUACGUGAGACGAGCAAUCAGGAGGCUGCGGCGAUGGGGACUUCUGCCAAGACACGCCCCCAGCCCCAGCACCAACAACAACUCCAACCCCUCCCCCAACAGUACUACUCCAGCCCCUCCCCUCCCUGACCCAGCCAAUGAGCAGGCAAGCCAGGCCCAUCCCCUCUCAGUGGUUGCCCCAGGAGAUGAGGAGGAUGACAAUCAUUCUGAAGACAAUGCCUCUCCUCUGCCUGUCAAAACCAGGUUCGAAUCCAUCGCUAGCCAGCCAGCUCGGGCGCAUGAAAAUGUCGCCUCUCUGCUUCCUGUCAGCUCGAUGUCUGAACACCAGCGUCCGGGGAGGUGGAGAUCGGUGAUGCAGGCACUGAGGGACCGGCUGUCCUUGCUGGGGGGCGGAAUCAGCGUGCAGAGAGAGGAGCCAGCAGUGGUGGAGGAGAAUGCAGAUGAUGACGAUUUACUGCUGGUCCCUCUCUCCGACAGCCCCCAGCUCUCUCACAGCCUUUCGUCUGCUCUUGCAGACCCCCAGUCCUGGGCCAGCGAGCUGGAACUGCCCAGUGAUGAUGCAGAACUGCUCACUUGAAUUAAAAGCACGCCUUUGAAAAUUAUUGCGAGGACCCUACCUGUUCUGCUCUUUGUAUAUAGGUCUUAAACGCGCAUUUUGAGAUAGAAGCACACGCUAUAGCAAACGUUUUAUUUUAUUAUAUAUCUGCUACUACACUAGGUUAAAAAAAUCUCAUGUUUGCACAAGCCAUGCGUUUUAAUGUUGGACUUCCCCUGUUCAUUGAUUAAUUGAAGCCAGGUGAACACAGCUGAGGUGACCCAGGAAGUGCAAGUUCAACAGAUAACCAGGCAUAGAAACGGAGAACUUUCAAACCUAAAGUAGUACUAGAAGUCAUGUUGCUGUUGCAUUAUUUCAAAACCACACAUUUGAGGGCUGUGUAUCAGGUGAAAGCACAGGACAGGUGAGACAUGGGAAACCUGCUUUAGUUUCAGUCACUUUAAAUACAGAGCUCCCUCAUCAUUAUUUUAAGAUUUGUAACAAUGCAACAAUCAACUCAUUUGAUGGACAUUUGAUGCAACUUGGUUACUAAAAGUUUUAAAACUAAACUUUGCAUAAAAAAACACAGCGACCGGCAGCAUUCUCUAUUUCUUUAUUAAAGUAGUAAACGUGUCACGUUUUUUACUAGGAUCGGAUAUAUUUCAUCGUCCUUUAUAGUUGGAUAAACAGCUCUGUGAUCAAGUACUGCGUGUGAUUUAAAAAUACAAAAGCAAACUAUAGACCAUCGUCUAGUUUGACAGAUCCCAAUUAGCGCCGAUCUCGGACUACCUUGUGUGAUCUUAUUAAAGCAUAACUACUAAAUCAGGUCUUUUUUUAAUCUAAUGGUGUGCACGAUAGUUUAAACUUCAAUUAAAUUAUUUCUUAUUCAGUCACAGUUACUAUUAGAGUGUGUAAAUGCUGACCUGUUGAAUGCAGCCAGACAGUGCCCUGGUAAACACAACUUGAACUAAGAGAAGCGCAUACAUAACAUUCACAUGACAUCCCCUUACAUGGCCAAAAUCCGUAUUGUAAAAAAUAGUUCUGAGGAGUUUGCUGUAAGAACUAACUGUGUUUCAGUGCUGGGUGUGUAAUAUAUAAACUUGGAGAUUUGAUUUUCUUCAUUUGGGCUUUUUUUGCACAAGUUUGUUCAGCAGCUUUGGUGUCAAGUCUUCUUGUUUUUUUUUAUUUCUACUAGAUAUCUUCUUGUGUGGACAUUCCCGUCUUUUAAGUAUUCCAUGGCCGUUUAGGUGAACAGCACAUGUAAAAUAGCAAUUUUAAAAACCUUUUCAGUUCACCGUCGUGCAGUACAUGAUACAGGGUUCUGCUUUUAAGUAAUUACAGAUGCCAUUUGAAUUGGAAUCCAAAGCAGGUAGGGUUUUUGUUGUUGUGACUCAAUGAACGAUUGAGACAAGUAAGUGGCCCUUUUAAUCCAUGUCAUCAGAAAAUGCCAGAUCCAGCCUGGGUUAAGAUUGCAUAAGAAUAGCCCUCCCUAGUAUUUUCUAAAAUAUCAAGAUGAGCGAUUUAAAUUUGAGGCUGACUCCUUAUUUGACUGGAGUCUCUCUGCACUGUAGGUUAAUUCCACGGCUGCUGUUCGAAAGGCACUGUAGAUAUCUCCUGAAAACAGACUAAUAGCGACCACAAGACGCAUUAUCUGAUAAGAAGUCAAAAGGAAAAGGACUUUUAAAGUCCUAUAUCAGUUUGGUCACAGUGCCACAAACACCUGGCCAGAGGUCUGAUAUUGAUGGCUAAUGACCAAAGCAGCAGACUAGCUAUUUUCAAGGAAUUAUCUAGUGAUGAUUGCAAUUGAAUGGACCAGGGUGAAAUAAUUUUUAAAGUAAUAAACUGAAAUUUAAGUUGUACAGAUUUUAUUUUUUUGAUAGUAUGAUAUUUGUGAUUUUUUUUUUUUUUUUUUUUUUUUUGUUAAAAUAAAUCAUGCAAAAAAAUCAGCUUCAGCAAGUACAGUUCAUUGCUGUUUCAUUGUUGGGUAGGUGUGUAGUUCUGCACAGGGUUUUAUAUUAGUGUUAUGUAGUGUGGUCCCGCCAGCAUGGCCCCGUGUACAGUACAGCGAGGCUCUGCCCAGCACACUAGAUUACAACUUUAUAUAGACACCAUGUUGGGUAGCUGCUGUAGAUCUAUACAGGGUUUUAUAUCGGUGUUAUAUAGUGUGGUCCUGUCAGCAUUGUCCUUUGUACGCAUGUGUGUCUGUGUAAGUCCAAUCUGUAGCGACCACACUGUACAACUGUACAAAACCCUUUUAAGCUGUCCAGCAUCUUGUUUGAUAAUUAAUGUGCAAUGGGUAAGAAGCUUAUUUCUUUCACUGUCAGGUUUAAAGAAUAUAUUCUAACAUUUGGGUGUUUAAAAUUGUUUUAUUUUUUAUUAUUAAUCGAUAUAAAAGAAAAACAAAUAAUUAUAUGAGAUUUAUGUCAGUUGUAUUAUUAGUUCAAUACUAAUAUAAUAAAAAUGAUUUACAAAUAAA